AUGAGUCCUGCUAUCCCUGUUAUUGAUCUUCACCACCGUGAAGACCGACAGCGCUUGACGGAUGAGAUCCGUCACGCUUGUGAAGACCUUGGAUUUUUCCAGCUUCGCAAUUACACCAUCCCAGACUUCUUCUGCCUACCGGUGGAGAUCAAAGAGAAAUACGAUAGGGGUAAGCUUGCAAGCAACAUCCACACUGACAGCUUCAACCGCGGCUACGAACGCUUUCGGGCCCAAAAGUUAGAGAAGAGAACCACAGGCGACCUGAAGGAGGGAUUCUUUCUCGCACCCGAUGCAUCGGAGCUGGAACGAGGUGUGCAUUACCAAUCCUCCCGCAUUCGGCUCCAAACCACUAAUGAGCUAACCUUACUGGCAGGCAUCGGGGCUCACAGCGACUUUGGUGCCAUCACUAUCCUCUUGCAGGACUCCAUCGGGGGGUCUACAGAUUUCCUGGUUGAGUGCCUAGAAAGUUGCCUGGAGCCAGGCAGAUGCCUUUGGGGAUGUCACCAGAAUCCCAAUAUCCCAACCAUCGCAAGAACCGACCGCAAGGAUUUGGGGGAAUUGUUCCAUCGGGAUAUGGAGUGCAAGCAAUGGAUCGACUCGAAACGUCAUGCUGCAAGUGCGGGCUCCACCCGAACCACACUGAAAAUGAAUCCGGAUUGCUCUUGCGGGUUACCAUCGGCUCAGGGUCGCUUCUGA